AUGUUGGCUUUACAUUGACCGUGACCACUGCAACUGUUGGGACAGAACAAGUAAUUUGUUUCUCAAUAAAUUCGUCCAUCCUAACUUGAUUCAAGAAGAAUUACAAACAAGUAAGGGCAAUUUUUCGUGAAAUACUUUUAGGGGUAAUAUGGGGCGGGGGAAGGUUUGAUUUGAGAGACCGGUUAAAAAAUUCACAUAAUUUUGUAUUCCCUCUUCUCUCAUGUCACGUCAUAAUAAGUGAUAAUGACUAUUUCUAUAUAGUUUCAAGAUAGAUUUCAAUGUAACCGAGGGUGUGAAACGAGGAGAGAAGAGGAAAUCAAAAGAAAUCAAGAAAGAUGGCAGACGGGGAGAGCGUGUUACUGGUGAAGGAGGAGAAGAUAAGGCUGAAGCGGAAGACGUCUCGCCGGACAUUGACUCAUUGAGUCUUUUUGGUCCCGUUCAGCCUAAUCGACAAAACAUUGUCACCCGAGGACCGCCACCGGCAUUUUGUAAAAUAAAGAUGAAACGGGAGGGAGCACCCAGUGGAGGGGGGUCUGUCGAGGAAGUUAAGGCUGCCUUUUACCUGUUGGCCAGACCAAUCGAGUGUGAAAGAGCAGGUUUGGUCAACUUCAUUAAUGCCAAACCCCCUAAUUAGUAUGCCACUCACCUCCAUCAUCUCUUACAAACAAGAGACAAUGUUGCAAACCAGCUUCGUCACAACCUCAUCUGAGAUAUCUCUAUUCAGCGUGGCCAACCGGUUCAUAAUCGGUCAACACAUAGGUAUCAAUUAGGUAUUGCUAGGAUAUAUAAGCGAAAGCGCAGCCACCAGACGGGGGACGGUGGAGGACGGGUCGAGGAAGUAUUUUGUGCUACUGCAUCUUACCUCUCCCAAUAUUAUUGGGAGAGGCCGAGUUCUGCCUGUUAUACAAGUAAUCAAUAAAACCUCUAUAAGAAAAGUGCAACAGAGUCUCAUCUCGCCUCCCAAUUAUUACACACACACCACAACGACGACGACGAUCGUCUCAUCUUCCUCAUCACCACCAUCAAUGCAGUCAACCCCCCAUAAACGGAACUUCACACGAGAUGGAAGUAGAUCCCCAUGAUUAUAUAUAUAGCCAACCAGAAAUUGCAUCACAAUCAACACCACCAAUUGUUCCACAACCCGAGUUGUAUUUCCUUUCAAAAGAAGAGCGAGCCUUUGCCAUUGGCGAAAUUAUAGCUGCAGGAGAAGAGGGGAAAGAUAUUGGAGAUACGGGGAUAAAAUUUAUUUGGAAAGAGAAGUGUGGAGUUGGAUUUGGGCAAAAGGAAAGGGUUUCAGACCAGAUGCACUUAAAAGUUGGCCGUCAUUGUCGACCAAUAUGCACUCAUAUUGGUCCACAGUGUGAAGAUUGUUUUUCUACGACUGGAACAAGGACAAGUGAAAUGGAGCCGAAGUGUUUCAUGCACAAGGGACCCAACGUUGGCUAUUCCGUUUAUGAGUUCAAAAAGAAGGAGGCAGAAGUUACGGAAAUUGGGCAUAUGAUAAUCAGCUACAAUUACGCCAGCAAUAAAAAAAUUGACCACUUGACAGAAGCCUUCAGUUCCAGGCUAAAACCGAAAGGGACUGCAGGACAACCCGAACUUUUUGAUAAUUGUGAUGAUGCUGAGAAGAGGUUUGCCGUCUUGCAGACGGUGUCUAUGUUGAAAUGCUUAUCGGACCCUACUAAAUUCAAAUAUAUCACACCAUCCGUAUCAUUGGCAAAUGGCCUCGAGGCGGAAGUGCAGGCAGAGAUGGAGAAACAAAGAUUUACACUUCAGAUCACAGGAAUCAAUAAUUCUAAGUCUGCGAAUGCAAAAAUCCCGUUCCCCUUUGGUAGGCGAGCUGCACCAGGAGAGAAAUUGACUGAUUUGUUGGAUGACGAUAAUGGAGCCCUUUACAUCAAGUGUGACGAGAAGAUGUUUUAUGGUGGGCAGACAGUGAGCGGAAAAGAUUCACAUGAUAUCGUACGAAAUCCUACCGACACGGUUGCCCAGUAUGAGAACGAGUAUGGAACCGGAAAUUUAGUAAAGAUUCCAUUGUGUGCAAUUCCAAUAUCCAACAAAGUAAAGACAAAGACAGAGGAUAAGGCAACCUCAUCUACGCGAAAGAAGGAAGAAGAUCCUCUCAAGAAAGUAGAAGCUCAUCUUCAAAUUUGUCUUUAUAUUGCGUAUCUCUUCCGCCUACGAAAUCCUUUUCACCCAACUUUUGCCAAAACCCAUCCCUACUGCCUGAACAAGGAGGUGAUUUCUUCUUAUAUCGAUGAUAACUCGUGGGAGAAAAUUGUUUUGUUUUUGAAGAGAGAGUUUGGCUGCAAAUUUGAGUUUAUUAAAUUGUAACUCUUUUGUAUUAAAUAUUUAAUCUACAUUUCUUAAUAAACCUUGAUACUGAUCAAAUACUAA